AGCCCCGCAUUAAGCCCGCUCGGGGACGCUCUGAGCCGGACUCAAGCUGUCCACACGGGAGAGGACUCUGCGCGCGCCGCUCUCAGCCCCUAUUGAGGUCCCGCAGAGGCAGGUGGCGAGAGGGAGGCUGGGGCGCAGCCCCGGCGAGGAGGCGGGCCCCCGCUCGGCCAUAUUGCAGUGGGAGCGGCGGGGCGGGGCCAGAGGCGCGCACAGGGACCCGAGCGCACCCCACGGCCGCCUGCUAGUGUGCCCAGUCGCCGCAGAGGACAGCCGGAUCUCUUGGAAAAAGAACAAACACCUUCAAGUCUCUGCAUGAGCAUUUGUUUUUGGAACAACAGAACCACCACAAGAGCUGAAAAUGCCCAAACCACUCAAUGUUCGAGUUACCACUAUGGAUGCGGAGCUGGAGUUUGCCAUCCAGCCCAACACUACAGGCAAACAGCUAUUUGACCAGGUGGUUAAGACAAUAGGCUUGCGUGAAGUAUGGUACUUUGGUCUUCAGUAUAUGGACAACAAAGGAUUUCCGACUUGGCUGAAACUUGAUAAAAAGGUCUCUGCUCAGGAAGUCAAAAAGGAAAAUCCCCUCCAGUUCAAAUUCCGUGCCAAGUUCUUCCCUGAAGAUGUGUCUGAGGAGCUGAUCCAGGACAUCACCCAGAAGCUGUUCUUCCUGCAAGUGAAGGAAGGGAUCCUCAGCGAUGAGAUCUACUGCCCACCUGAAACAGCAGUUCUUCUUGGCUCCUAUGCUGUGCAAGCCAAAUUUGGAGACUACAAUAAAGAAUUACACAAGUCUGGGUACCUCAAUUCAGAACGCCUGAUCCCUCAACGAGUAAUGGACCAGCACAAACUUUCCAGAGAGCAGUGGGAAGAACGGAUUCAGGUCUGGCAUGCUGAACAUGGUGGAAUGCUCAAAGAGAAUGCAAUGCUGGAAUAUCUAAAGAUUGCCCAAGACUUGGAGAUGUAUGGAAUCAACUACUUUGAAAUCAAGAAUAAGAAAGGAACAGACUUGUGGCUGGGAGUAGAUGCACUGGGCCUGAAUAUUUAUGAGAAGGAUGAUAAAUUGACCCCAAAGAUUGGCUUCCCCUGGAGUGAAAUCCGAAACAUCUCUUUCAAUGACAAAAAGUUUGUUAUAAAACCUAUUGACAAGAAAGCACCUGACUUUGUGUUUUAUGCACCUCGUCUAAGAAUUAACAAGAGGAUCCUGCAGCUGUGCAUGGGUAACCAUGAGCUGUACAUGCGCCGCAGGAAGCCUGACACCAUUGAGGUCCAACAGAUGAAAGCCCAGGCCCGUGAGGAGAAACACCAGAAACAGUUGGAAAGGCAACAGUUAGAAAGUGAAAAGAAGAAGAGAGAGACCAUUGAAAAAGAGAAGGAGCAGAUGUUGAGGGAGAAAGAGGAGCUGAUGUUGAGACUGCAAGAGUACGAAAUAAAGACCAAGAAGGCUGAGAAAGAGCUCUCAGAUCAGAUCCAAAAAGCCAUGCAGCUUGAGGAGGAGAGGAGGCGAGCAGAGAAGGAAGCUGAACGUCUGGAGGCCGAGCGCUUGGCUGCUCUCCAAGCCAAGGAAGAGCUGGAGAAGCAAACUGUUGACCAGAUGAAGAGCCAGGAACAGCUGGCUACAGAACUUGCAGAAUAUACAGCCAAGAUUGCUCUUCUGGAAGAGGCAAGGAAGCGUAAAGAGAAUGAGGUUGAAGAAUGGCAACACAGGGCCAAGGAAGCCCAAGAUGACCUAGUGAAGACAAAAGAAGAGCUACAUUUGGUAAUGACUGCCCCACCUCCACCGCCAGCCCCUGUCUAUGAGCCAGUGAAUUACCAUGUCCACGAUAACUUGCAUGAUGAAGGAACAGAAUAUUCAGGCUACAGUGCAGAGUUCUCAAGUGAAGGCAUCUUGGAUGAUCGCAAUGAAGAGGAACGCACUACUGAAGCAGAGAAGAAUCAGCGUGUUCAGAGGCAGUUGAUGACCCUGACAGAUGAGCUUGCCCAGGCCAGAGAUGAAAACAAGAGAACCCACAACGACAUGAUCCACACAGAGAACAUGCGACAGGGACGUGACAAGUACAAGACGCUGAGGCAGAUCCGACAGGGCAACACCAAGCAGAGAAUCGAUGAGUUUGAGGCCAUGUAAGCGCACUUUACAGCCAAGAAGGCAAGACUAUGAGACAGGCCGAUCUUCACAUACGAUCUGCCUUUUCUGAGGGGUCACUGUAUAACAUCUAAAUAUAUAUAUAGAUAUCAAAUGCUCUAAACCUAGCUUAUCCUCCAGUUUUUACUAUUAAAAUGUGGUGACUGCCCAUUAAGUCCGUCAGCCAAGCAAUUCUGAUAACUUUUUGCUCAUUCAUAUCCUAGUGCCAAAAGGCCUAUAAGUCACGUCCAUUUUUUUCAAGCAGGGUUUAUUUUAAUACUACGUCUUUCUAUCCAUAAAGAUAUUAUGCUGUGAUAGGUGGUACAUCUGGAUUCAGCUUUUUAAAUAAAAACACAAUGCUGUGGGUGAAUUUUGUGCCAUAUAUCUUUACAUUCUUUACAUACAGCAUAUAACUCGACUAAUUCUACAUUAUGCUUUGUCAGCAAGGACUUGCAGGCCCUUGUUUAUAAUUUUACAAAAUGGUACCAGCAACCAUCUGGAAAUCUGUUAUUUCUACGUACGAUAAGUAUGAGGGGUCUUUUUUGUUGCUCUGUUCAACUGGAGAAAUUCCUGCAGUGAUCACUCAGACGAAAUGCAGUAUAGGAACACUCUUUGACGCCCUCCUUGCAUAGGUAGGCAAAUAUUCUGUUGGACUCAUACACUUGUUGAUGUUAUAUACUCCAUCUUAAUUAAUGAUCAACUGUAGUGUAGUAUUUAUAUAUAAAUAAAGUGAUAAAUAUGGAUUGUAACACUAGUUUAAAAAGGGGGAAAGUUUUUGCUCUGUAUAUUUUGUUACCUUUUUCAGAUUUAGUAUUAAAAUAAAUUGCAUAUGUAAAAAAUUUUGCCUAAACAAUAUACUGUCUGUGCUACAGAAGCAGUGUAAAACUGAUUACUUGCUAUAAAACAUUAUUUGUAAAAUGAUUUUUUUACUUCAAAUAAAAUUGAUAUGCACAAUUCAGUAUAUACAAUCUUACUGCACCUAUUUUUUCUAACAAAUUUUCUAAUUUUUUUAAAUAUUUGAUUUAAUAUUUCAGACUCCAACUAUGAAGGGAUUGUUUGUUUAUAUCCCCCUCUUAUUCUGUCCAUGAAAAGAGCAUUUGUAGACUUCCUGUUACCUCCACCCCCAUCUUUGAAAAUUUGUUAGAAUGUCAGUAUGUUGGUUCUGCUCCUCAAUUUACAACUCCAAUGCUGCUUUAUACUGUUAACGUUAAACCUUUAUAUCAAGGUGUUGUGGGUUUUUCACAACACAUGAAUAUGAAUAAAAGAUCUGCAAGAUAAA